UCCGUGGAAUUAUAUCUUCAGUAUAAAAUGGAAUAUGAGGGGAUUAGUUAAAAUGUUAAAAGUGAUAGUAUAAGUCCUGGACAAAUUUUUUCUAAUACUAAAUAUAAUUCUUUAGAUAUUUCUAAUACUAAUUUUAUUGCAUUAUGUCAACAGAUUGGUAGAUAUUUUAUUGAAAUUAAGGAUAAAUAUUAUUCCGAUAAUCUCAAAUGUCGUAAAUACUUGAAUUACCUGAUAAAUUCAGAAAAAAAAAAAAAAAAAAAGAAGAAUAGUUACAUUUGGUUUAACCCCUUUAGAGAUGUUUCGUCUAAAUUAGAUAAUAUAUGCAUAUAAGAAAUAAAAGAAAUUGAUACUGAACCUUUAACAAAUCUUGAAUAAAUAUACGGUUAUUAUUAAGAUUUUAGCAAAUUUAAUGAUAAAAAACAGGAUUCUGGUGAUAUAAUUUGUGGUAAUAUUAAGAAAUGUUAUAACCUUUACAAGAAUAAUUGUAAAAAACAUCAAAAAUGUAGUUAAAAUGCUUUUUGCGUGGAUUUAAUCAAUUGUAAAAAAGUAUUUGAUAAUAAAAUUCACAAGGUAGCUCCUUGUACUGGUUUAUCAAUGCAAGUAAAAUAUAUAUUUUCUGUCAGUUUAUCCAGAACGGUCGAAUUGCUAGCAACAUUCUCUUUAUUUUUUUUAUAUAAAGUUAAAAAAAAAUUAUAGUUAAUAACGUGAAUAUUCUAAUACAAUGAAUAUGCCCAUUUUCACAAAAAUUUACAAGCACAAAACAUUAAUAUAUUUAGGUAUAUAUACAUGUUUUGUUUCAUAUAGUUUACUUUAUUGAAAUCAUGCUUAUAUAAUAGCUUAGUUAUGAAAAAAAUAGUUGAACUUAAAGAAAAAAGAGAAUCCUUACAAAAUAUAUAUUAAGUAUUAGAUAGAAAAUUUAAAGGAAGUUCUCAUAGUAUAGGAUAUCAACCACAA